UCAGCCAGUAAUGAGCGUCUGCCCCCUGGCACGGCUGAGCCACAGCGCGGCUGCACACACGCGCACACGGUAUAAAUAAGUUAAGGGACAAGCAGCGGGAGCUCCCCGUCUGGCUCAGCCCAGCAGGCAGGAGGGGAACCUCCCCCCCGGCGCCAUGGCGUGCGUGGCCGGCUGCCGCUGCUGCACGGAGCGCCGGAGGCACAGCAGCAUCCUCUACAGCAUCCUGAAGAGCGAGGAGCAGAAGGAGGCAGCGCGGCAGCCGCCGCAGGAGCCUCCGGGGCCGGGCUGCUCGUGCGGCUCGCGGCGGCGCGUGGCCCUGCGCAGCCCGCAGGUGGCGGGCAAGGCGGCCUCGGCCGUGCUGGUGAAGACCCUGCGCUUCGUCAAGAGCGUGCCCUGCUUCCAGGAGCUGCCGCUGGACGAGCAGCUGGUGCUGGUGCGCAGCUGCUGGGCUCCCCUGCUGGUGCUGGGGCUGGCCCAGGAGCGGGUGCACUUCGAGACGGUGGAGACCGCGGAGCCCAGCAUGCUGCAGCGGAUAUUAACCGACCGGCGGCAGGAGCAGCAAGGGCAGCAGCACCCCCAGAGCAGCAGCCCGCAGCUGCCCUCGGCCGGCGAGAUCCAGGCCAUCAAAGGCUUCCUGGCCAAGUGCUGGAGCCUGGACAUCAGCACCAAGGAGUACGCCUACCUCAAGGGGACUGUGCUCUUCAACCCGGAUCUGCCAGGGCUGCAGUGUGUACAGUAUAUCCAGGGACUGCAGCGGGAAGCACAGCAAGCUCUAAAUGAACACGUCAGACUGAUUCAUCGAGGGGACCAGGCCAGAUUUGCCAAGCUGAAUGUUGUUCUUUCCUUGCUGAGAUCCAUUAAUGCUAAUGUAAUUGCUGAACUAUUCUUUAGGCCCAUCAUUGGAACGGUGAACAUGGAUGACAUGCUGCUGGAGAUGCUUUGUGCAAAGUUAUAAAGGCAUGUAUACAAAUAAAUCCAUUACUAAGGAAUUCCUAGAGCAGAAUAGUGUAAAGUACUGUAAAUAAACUAACUUAUUCUUUUUACAUAGAUAGUAUUUUUGUAUUCAGUAAUAAAAUAUUCAAGUUCUGACAUUUCAUUUUUAUUAAACUUAUUGUUUUCAGAAUAGGAUGUACAGCCAUGAAAAUAGAUGCCUUUUAAACCAUUAAUGAAGAGGUUUUAGUUUCCAAAGUGAGAUGAAUAUUCUCUGUCUUUGAAUAAAGGUCACACUGAUCUGUGUUAUGUUUUCAAAAUGAGCAACCCCCACUUUUCCCCAAAGCAUUGUUGUUUUACAUUGUAACACAUUUAUUUGGAAAGCCAAAAAUAGGAUAAAAGAGCCAAAUUACUUUGCACAUUUCAGUUCCAUUAAAUAAGAUACCU